AUGGCGCUGGGAUCGCCCCAGCCGCAGGCCGCCUGCAGCCAGCCCGAGGAGGGACCGGCCAGCACCCCCAGCACAGAGGCCCCAGGCCAGUCGCCCACCCACAAGGGCCCUGGGGAGGCCUCUGGCGACUCACCUGACACAGAGCCAGUGGGGCCCGACUACGUGGAGGAGGUGCGCGAUGAGGACGGGAAGAUGGUCCGCUUCCACUGCAAGCUGUGCGAGUGUAGCUUCAACGACCCCAACGCCAAGGACCUGCACGUGCGGGGACGGCGUCACCGGCUUCAGUACAAGAAAAAAGUGAACCCCGACCUGCCGAUCGUGGCGAAGCCCAGCGGCCGGGCGCACAGGCACAUGGAGGACAAGCUGCGGAAGCAGCGGCAGAAGGAGCUGGCGCGGCGCCGCGAGGUGGUCCAGCACUGGCACUCGGAGAUGAGGUGGGCGCCGUGGGCCAGAUCCGAGCCCGCCCUCCCCGCCUCCAAGUGCUGUGGGGAAAGGCUCACUCGGGAACAUGGCGGCACAGCCCUACGCUGCCGCGUGGGGAUCCCUGCGAGCCAGGCGCAGCAGCAGACAGCACAGGCUGCUCCCCACGGCCUGGCCCUGCUGUCCCACGUCCACCGGCAGGAGCAGCACUACCAGGAAGGGUCGUGGCAGCGGCGCGGGGAGGGGCAGCCACUGUUGGGGGAGCACCCGCGCUGGACGUCGCCUGAUGGGCCACCCCCCCCACUCAUGGGCCAGUCAGGAGCAUCUUCAGGGCCCCUCCUGCCAGCGCGGCCGGAGUCCAGUGACGACCGCCACGUGAUGUGGAAGCAUGCCACCAUCUACCCUACUGAGAGCGAGCUGCAGGCCGUGCAGAAGGUCGUGUCGCACUCGGAGCGCGCGCUCAAGCUGGUGUCCGACGCGCUGGCUCAGGAGAGGGCCGCCAGCUCCCCAGAACAGGACGGGGAGCGCAGUGCCAGCCCCUCCUCAAGGGUCCUGAAGGGCGUGAUGAGGGUCGGCCUCCUGGCAAAGGGCCUCCUCCUGCGCGGUGACCGGCAUGUGCGCCUGAUCCUGCUCUGCUCGGAGAAGCCCACGCGGGCCCUGCUGCACAAGAUCACCGAGCGGCUGCCCCAGCAGCUCCUGGUGGUGACUGAUGAGAAGUACGAGGUGUCUUCAGACUCUGAGGCCAGCAUCACCAUCUCCUCCUGCCAGGAGCCCCGCAUGCAGGUGACUGUGUCUGUCACAUCACCCUUGAUGCGGAAGGACCCCACUGCAGACCCAGACCAAGCUGAAGAGGCAAGCCCCGACCCCGAGGACAUGCUGAGCCCAGAGAAAUGCCUGGAGUCCCUGGCCGCCCUGCGCCAUGCCAAGUGGUUCCAGGCUCGUGCCAAUGGCCUGCAGUCGUGCGUGGUGGUCAUCCGGGUCCUCCGAGACCUAUGCCAGCGUGUGCCCAGCUGGGGGGCCCUGCCGAACCGGGCAAUGGAGCUGCUGGUGGAGAAGGCACUGAGCAGUGCCACAGGGCCCCUGGGCCCCGGUGACGCCAUGAGGAGGGUCCUGGAGUGCGUGUCUGCGGGCAUGCUCCUGGCCGAUGGACCUGGGCUGCAGGACCCCUGCGAGCGUGACCCACAGGACGUCCUGGACUCCAUGACGAGACAGGAGCGGGAGGAGGUCACGGCCAGCGCCCAGCACGCCCUGCGCAUGCUGGCCUUCCGGAAGAUCCACAGGGUCCUGGGCAUGGACCGGCUGCCGAAGAGCAGGUCCCGCGCGCACUUCCAGAAGAGGCUGCGGGACGAGGCGGAGGCCGAGGCGCGCCAGAGCGGGAGGAAGCGGGGCCGGAGGGGCGGGGACCGGCCUGCCUGA